AUGAGCGCAGUACGGCAAGUAAGCAGAAUGGCUAACUUCAACAUUAAAAUCAUCUCAGACCCUGUCUGCCCUUUCUGCUACCUGGGCAAAGCUCGUCUGAACAAGGCAAUUGAUCUCUACAAGAAGACCUACCCUGCCGGCAAGGAGGACACCUUCAACGUCACGUGGCAGGCCUACUACCUGGACCCGACGGCGCCCAAAAAGGGCGUCCCGGUGAAUGAGCGCAUGGCUGAACGUUUCGGCGCCGACAGAUUGGAGAUGAUGCACGCGCGUAUGAAGAAGCUCGGAGCCGCUGAGGGCUUCAACUUCACCUUCAAUGGCAAAAUUGGUCACACUCGCGAUGCUCACCGCACGAUACAGCUGGCCAAGACUAAGGGCCCCGAGGUUGAGAACGCCGUGAUGGAGUCCAUCAUGAAGAGCUACUUCGAGGAGGACGGCGACGUCACGAGCUGGGACAUGCUCAUCAACGCUGCUGCGAGAGGUGGGCUCGAGAAGGAGGAAGUCAAGAACUGGCUUGAGCAGGGCAAGGGCGGUGCCGAGGUCGACAAGGAGGUCGAAGACGCGUACCGGAUGGGCGUGAGGGGCGUGCCGCACUUUGUCAUUAACAACAAGUACGAGAUUGGCGGUGCGCAGGAUGUUGGCGAGUUCUUGGAGACGCUUGUGGCAGCCAAGCAGGGCGCCCAAGGCGGAAACGGACAAGAGGGAAUGUUAUGUUAA